AUGGUCCUUGAAAACCGGCCUGCAGUCCUGCUCCCCGUCUGGCUCAUGUGUCUUCUAGCUUUGUCCAGAAAGCCCUCUCAGUUCUGCUUCGGGAGCAAAGCUGUGUGGACACAGCACAUGGAGCACUCACACAUCUCCCUCAGUGGCUUUGGAGAGGGACCCCUGCCUGGGUCCCUCCUCCCUCGCACCUGCGCGUCCCCCGCGCUCAGGCUGGUGGGGCCGCUUCCAGCGCGCCGGCGGGGAGCGGGGCUCGGCCUCACCUCUCGCGAGAUCGUCUCCCGUGGCCGCGGCCGCCGCUCCGAGCGGCUGACUGGCGGCGUCUGCGCAGCCGCCAUGUUCGGUUGCUAUGCGGUGGCCUGGGAGACGGGGUGUGCUUGA